GCGCAGCAUGCUGUGCUUGACCUAGUACGUACUGCGAACAAGUGUCGCCGGCUCAUCGCAUGCACAUCACAGGAUCUCUCGUAUAUAACCCUGAACAUUUCAUUACAUAUUCCAUUCUUGUGCAUUGCAUCGGUCUUCUAGCUCCAGACAUCGCGUGUGCAAAUGGCGUCGCUCGCUGUGCUCCUCCUGAUCCUUUCUGCAGCUCGGGCCUCCAAUGCCGCCGCCGUCCGCGUCGGGCUGACGCGCGUCCACUCCAACCCCGAUGUCUCCGCCACAGAGUUCGUGCGUGGCGCGCUGCGCCGGGACAUGCACCGGCACGCCCGGUUCGCCCGGGAACUCGCGUCGUCGGGCGGCCGCACCGUCGCCGCGCCAACCCGGAAGGACCUGCCGAACGGCGGGGAGUACAUCAUGACGCUGUCCAUCGGCACGCCGCCGCUGUCCUACCCGGCCAUCGCCGACACGGGCAGCGACCUCAUCUGGACGCAGUGCGCGCCCUGCGGCAGCCAGUGCUUCAAGCAGGCCGGGCAGCUGUACAACCCGUCGAGCUCCACCACGUUCGGCGUGCUCCCCUGCGCCAGCUCGGUGAGCAUGUGCGCCGCGCUGGCCGGGCCGAGCCCGCCGCCUGGGUGCUCCUGCAUGUACAACCAGACGUACGGCACGGGGUGGACGGCGGGCAUCCAGAGCGUGGAGACGUUCACGUUCGGCUCGACGCCCGCGGACCAGACCCGCGUCCCCGGCAUCGCCUUCGGCUGCAGCAACGCCAGCAGCGACGACUGGAACGGCUCAGCCGGCCUCGUCGGGCUGGGCAGGGGAAGCAUGUCGCUCGUCUCGCAGCUCGGCGCCGGCAUGUUCUCGUACUGCCUCACACCAUUCCAGAACGCCAACAGCACGAGCAUGCUCCUCCUCGGGCCGUCGGCGGCGCUCAACGGCACCGGGGUCCGCACGACGCCGUUUGUGGCCAGCCCAUCGAAGGCGCCCAUGAGCACGUACUACUACCUGAACCUGACGGGCAUAUCGGUCGGCACGACGGCUCUGUCCAUCCCUCCCAACGCGUUCGCCCUGAGGGCCGACGGCACCGGCGGGCUCAUCAUCGACUCCGGCACGACGAUCACGUCGCUUGUCGACGCGGCAUACCAGCAGGUCCGUGCCGCGAUCAAGUCCCUAGUGACGCUGCCGGUGGCCGACGGGUCGGACUCCACGGGGCUGGACCUGUGCUUCGCGCUGACGUCCGAGACGUCGACGCCGCCGAGCAUGCCGAGCAUGACGCUCCACUUCGACGGCGCGGACAUGGUGCUGCCGGUGGAGAACUACAUGAUCUUGGGCUCCGGGGUGUGGUGCCUGGCAAUGCGGAACCAGACCAUCGGCGCAAUGAGCACGCUCGGCAACUACCAGCAGCAGAACGUUCACCUACUCUACGACAUCCACAAGGAGACGCUGUCGUUCGCUCCCGCCAAAUGCAGCACGCUCUGAAGAGAAAUGUACAAAUAUGUGUGUACAUGCAUGUGUGCCUUCGUAGGUGUUUUUCAUCAGUUUUGUAUAGUUUCGAUUCUUUAUUCUUUUCUCCGGUUGAGUUCAGAGUGUAAAUUGUAUGCUUCAGAUUUAUUUGCGGGAAGGCUGCCUAGUGCCCGCCCGACAUAUAUAGGACAUAUUGCGCCGCCUCGGGUUCGGACCACGCUGGAGGGAGUGGGUCCCCAUCCUACUUGGCACGGCAAGUACGCGGGUGCUGCUCAACGGCUGUCCUGGACCGCCUGUCACUCACUGCAAGGGGCUCUGGCAGGGCGAUCCGGUUUCUCCCAUGUUGUUUGUCCUGGUGAUUGACGUCCUCGACCGACUCCUUCAGCAUGCUGUCGCUGCCGGCGUCCUCAUGCGGCUUACUCCGCGCCACAUGGCCUCUAGCAUCUCCCUAUAUGCUGACGACGUGGUCGUUUUCUGUCACCCACUAAUAGAAAAAAGGGCUUUGGUUCA